CCGGGUUAGUUUCCCAAUAUUGCGUUAUUCUUGUCGUAUAACCUAGGAAGAACUAUAAUCUGUCAAUUUAUAUUAUAUUCUUCGUAUAUUCUUAGUCAGUUUAAUAAAAAGAUGUAUAAACGCACGGUAUUUGGUAGUGCCAUGAUAUUGGCGAGGAAUUUGGGAUUUGUUAAGGAUCACGUGUUUGCGAGCGUAGGAAAUAAAUUGUUUAGCUCGGUGACGCAAAAUUCACGAUACAAACCGUUAAAUCCGAUAAACACUAUCAUAAUGUUUGUUCCUCAACAACAGGCAUGGAUCGUAGAACGAAUGGGGAAGUUUCAUAAAAUUUUAGAACCAGGUCUGAACGUUUUGCUUCCUGUCAUCGAUAGAGUUAAGUACGUGCAAGUUUUAAAGGAAUUAGCAAUAGAUGUGCCACAACAAAGUGCAGUUACAUCAGAUAAUGUGACUUUAAAUAUCGAUGCAGUGUUGUAUUUAAGAAUAACAGAUCCUUAUCUAGCAUCCUAUGGCGUUGAGGAUGCUGAGUUUGCAGUAAUUCAAGUAGCUCAAACUACCAUGAGAUCUGAGCUAGGAAAAAUAUCUUUAGAUAAAGUAUUCAGGGAAAGGGAAGAAUUAAACGUUUCCAUUGUUGAAAGUAUCAACAAGGCAAGCAGUGCAUGGGGAAUAACGUGUCUGAGAUAUGAGAUACGGGAUGUAAAAUUACCAUCAAGGGUACAGGAAGCAAUGCAAAUGCAGGUAGAAGCCGAACGAAAGAAACGUGCCACGAUAUUGGAAUCUGAAGGUAUUAGGGAGGCUGAGAUAAAUGUAGCUGAGGGCAAACGACUCGCACGAAUUUUAGCUUCUGAAGCAGCAAGGCAAGAACAAAUAAACAAAGCCACUGGAGAAGCCGCAGCGGUAGUAACAGUGGCGGAGGCACGAGCGAAGGGAUUACAAAUAGUUGCAAAUGCCCUUGGCGUCGCGGAUGGAAAAAACGCAGCAGCACUCAGCGUAGCAGAACAAUAUGUCAAUGCAUUCAACAAAUUAGCAAAAGUUAAUAAUACAUUGAUAUUACCAAGUAAUGUAGGAGACGUUCCAACAUUUGUAGCACAGGCGAUGGCAAUUUAUAAGCAAGUAAUGCCAAAACACAACAACAAUGAGCAAACAAAACAAGUAACAAGUAAUCAAUCAAAUGUUCACAUGGAAGAUUCUGAUGAAACAUUUGAGUAUUUCAGCGAUAAAGAAGAAGCUGAGAAGCAUAGAAAAACGGAAGAACAAAAACCCCGAAUAUUAUAAAUAUUUAUACCAGCAAUAAAGAAAUAUUUUCGU